AUGGCGGCCAACUACUGGGACUCAACGCAGGCCAAGUUCUGGACCUUCAGUAAGAAUGAGCUUGCCGACUUGCGGCAGGAUCUCGAGAAGAUCAAUCAACCACUGUACAACAAGUACCCUCUUCCGGACCGUCGACACAUGAAUAUCUACUUCCAACAACAGUUGACCAAAUUGGCGCGACGUAUGAGUCUACGCCAACAAGCUUUGGCGACUGCGCAAGCUUACAUGAAACGCUUCUACCUGCGGGUUGAGAUGCGGAAGACAAACCCUUACCUUAUCAUGGCAACUGCUGUCUACCUGGCCUGCAAGAUGGAAGAGACGCCACAGCACAUCCGUCUCAUGCUCGGCGAAGCAGCACGUCAGUGGCCAGAAUUGGGAGUCUCCGAAAGUAGCAAAAUCGGUGAGUGUGAAUUCGCGCUCAUCUCGACUUUGUCUUCGCGCUUGAUCUGCCAUCACCCUUAUCGAUCAUUGUCAGAUCUAGCUCCACUGUUUGGUCUCAGCAGCGAAGAAGUGCAACUGGCACAUUCGAUCAUCAACGAUAGCUACAAUACAGAUCUUGCGCUGCUUUAUGCUCCUCAUGUCUUGGCUAUCACUGCCAUAUUCCUUGCAGUAGUCCUCCGUCCGGCAGGCCAGCCAGCUGGGCUCGCCGCACACUCCACACAUGGCUCAACGAAUAUGCAAUCUCCUACUUCAGGAUCGCCAAUGUCGAGCUCUGGGCCCAGCUUCUCUCCCACGAUGAGCUCUAGCGCUGCGCAACAGGCUUUCCUUGGCGGCUUCAGUGGCCUCAAGCAAGCAGGUCCGAAGCUCAGUAAGCUGGUGGAGUGGCUUGCUGAGAGCAAGGUAGACAUGAAUGCCAUUGUCGACUCGACACAGGAGAUGGUUAGUCUCUAUGACGCCUGGGAAAGCUACAGUGAGCGUGCUUGCAAGGAAGGCAUCACCAAAUUCGUGAAGGACGGAGGUGCCGGUAGCUCUGGACUUGGACCGAAAUGA